AUGGAACAAAGCGACUCGCCGAAGAUCGAUUGGGCAGCAGAACUCAAGCAACACGAUCGUUGGCUGCGCACCGUGGUCUUCGCCCGCUGUGGCGAACGGGCUGCGAUCGAUGAAGUGAUGCAGGAAGUGGCCCUGGCCGCCGUCGCACAACGCCGACCGUUGAACGACCCGACCAAAGUGCGGCCCUGGCUGUAUCGCUUGGCCGUAUUGCAGUCGCUGCUGUAUCGACGUCGCAAAGGGCGACAGCGCAAGCUGGUCGAUCGCUACUUCCAACGAAACGAUAUCACCGCAGAGGCACCCACAGCCGACCCGUUGGUUUGGUUGCUUUCAGACGAACGACGGCAAACCAUUCGCAAAGCUUUGGAACAACUGUCGCCGCGAGACAAAGAACUUCUGCUGCUGAAAUACACCGAGGAUUGGUCGUAUCGACAGAUUGCCGACCACUUGGGCAUGACUAACAGUUGGACCAUGAACGACUCCCACGAAUUCGAAUCCAACGACAACCAACGCCUGAUCGAUCGACUGGUCGACGGCGAGUUGUCCGAGCACGAACGUCAAACGUUGCUCGAAAGCCUCGACACCACGCCCGACGGUUGGCGGCGUUGCGCGUUGACCUUUCUUGAAGCGCAGGAAUUGCAGCGCGUACUGCCCAAGCUGCCUACAGAAGAUCUGGCUGAGUCGACGGGUUCUAUCAGCGUUGCUUUCGAGUCGCCGCGCGAGGGCUCAAUGCUCUCACUCGGAAGAGUACUCUCAAUAGCCGCCAGUGUAAUGGUGGGCUUAACACUAGGAUUGGUCCUUCGCGGCACCGGACACUCGAACGACAACGCCACGGCGCCGGCAAUAGUCGAUGCGACGCCGACUAACGAAGCACCGAGCGAAGAAGUCCAAAUCGCUGAGCAGACUCCCGAAUCACCUUCGGUAGCGGAGGAAGCGCCCGCGGAAUCCGACACUCCCGCAAACGAACAACCAAACGCCGAGGCUCCACAGCAGCGGCUACCCGUGUGGCGUAACGUUGCCUUGGCGAUGCACGAUACCGAAAGCGAAACGCCGCUGGAGUGGCCCAUGGCCGAGGGCGAUGAAGUCGACCUGCAGUGGCUGUACAGUCAGCCAUCUGCACUCUCAGACGACAUGGUUCAGCAAAUCCAACAACUGGGUCACGAAGUGAACGUGGUCCGGGAGUUGUUUCCGGUUCGCUUGGAAGAUGGGCGGCACGGUAUUGUGCCGAUCGAUCGAGUCGAACUGCGUUACGUAAAGAUGCAAAAGCAAACGUGGAAAGCGUGGUUCGCCCAAGUCGGUGUGGCCACACUGGUAUUGAUGACCGGAGCGUGGGUGCAAGCCCAAGACAAACCUGAUUCCGAGCCCGACGCCGUGGGUCAGUUGCGGCAGAUGAUCAACCAGGCCCUGCAGAGUGACACAGCCGGCGAGUUGCGAAGGUACCUCGAAGGCACCGUGGAGAGUGUGCAGAAUCCCAGCCCUUAUUGGUUGGGGGUUACUUGCGUACCGAUUAGCGAUGCUAUGCGAUCACAGCUCGACCUGCCUGAAGGCGAAGGUCUGCUGGUAGUCGCCGUCGCCCCCGAUGGCCCUGCAGCCGCGGCCGGCAUUGAAGUUCACGAUGUACUCUACGAAGCAGGCGCUACGAUGCUCUCUAACGUGGGCGACCUGGUCGAUGCGAUCGACGUUUCCUCCGAAGAGGAAGGCGUAUUGUCGGUAGAACUACUUCGCAAGGGCGAGCCGGUUGAGGUUGAAGUCGAGCCUGCCAAGCGACCGGAAGGCCUGACCGAACAACUCACCGAAGAAGCCAACGCCCUGAUCAACCGCCUGCAGGCCGAAGGUGAAUCGCUCCGGCUGAGCAUCCCCCGCCCCGGGGCGAUCGUGCAGGAACUCGCCCAGAGCUUUGAAUUGCCCGAGAACAUGUCGAUCACCGUCACGCACGAAGGAGCCCAGCCGGCUCGCAUCGUCGUGAAGCGUGACGACCAGGUGUGGGAGCUGAGCGAGGAAGAUCUCUCGGCCCUUCCCGCCGAAGUUCGCCCCUACGUGCGACAAGCGUUGGGCUACUUGCCGACCGGUCGCAUCGCGAUCAGCCCGCCCAAGGGUGAGGGUGAGAUCCGAGUGCCUGCCUUGCGACGGCUUGAAGAUCAGGUGAAUCGCACGGUCGAGCGAGGCGAAGACGCCUUAGAACGACGUCUCCAGCGGUUAAAUGAACGCUUGGAGAAACUUGAGAAAGAACUCGCAGAAGAACAGGACGAUUCGCAGUCGGACGAAUAG